CAAAACUGUUCGCACGGAGGAGGAGGACGGGGCAGAGACCAGACGCCGGGUAGAGUCCGUGGAGGAAGUAGCAGAUGAGGCCGCAGCCCAAGCCGACACAGAGUAAACUCUGUUAAGUCCCGACACGGUUCUGAAGGAGGUGAUGAAGAGUCAUUGUCCCCAAGUGGGGCUGACAGCGACAGCGCAGCUAGAGUAUAUUUACACUUUGAAACCAAAGAGCUCCUUCCUUUCCCAAAACAGCUACCAUCUUAUGCGCAUGGAAAUUAGCAACACCAGAUGGGGGAUGUUAAAGGAGCGCCCUACCAUCGCCCGGGCUAGUUUCAAUGCACUCACUAGUAGUUAAUUUGAAUGACUGAGCACUUCUGUUUGAAGAGUUUCCUUGAUGCUGAGUAGGUAAAUAAAAGCAAGGACUUCCCUCCUUCGCCUGGCACCAACUGAAGCAUUGCGUUUAGCCGUAGAAUUUUCGUUGAAUGUUAUUGAACAUUCAACGCCGGGGGAGCUAAAUGCCUUGCGACAUCCGGGCCAAGGAAGUCCGUACUUGAGUAAAAGAAAAGAACUAGCAAAAAGCUACAGCUUCUCUCUCUUCCAAUCACUCAACCACUCACACCGCUACCACCUAACUAAUCAUCAAGAGAACCGUAAUUAAAAUUUUUUUUCUCAAAUCAACUAACCCAAAAACAAACUUCCUCGGAUGGAGGGAGCUUCGUGCUAGUUGAGACAGCACAGGUAGCCCAGUCAGGGGCGAAGACGAAAGUGAGUAAGUAUGUGAUCGGGGGGGUGAAGUCGGUCAGCAACUUAGCUAGACACCUUCGCGCAAGACCUAAGACAGCGGACGCAGACCUGUCUGUCGAAGCGAUUGUCGAUAGCGGGGCUGAGACUCACUGUUCGCCGUACUUAUCUCAUUUCGAGCGCCUGGGAGCUAGGUGCAAGCUAUACACAGCCUCGGGUGAAGAGAUCCCUGGAACAGCGAGGGAGGGCAUCUUCAGAGGCAGUUCUCUUCGUGAGCUACGCCAUGGCGUGCAUCAGCCGGCGCUGAGUAGUGUGUAUUUAUCUGUUGGCAACUUGCAGAAGGCAGGCGUCCUAACUUCUUUCCCACCUCCGGGCGGAGUCCGGUUAGAAGGGCCGAGGGGUGACGUAAGCCAAGGCGUAGGUCGG